GUAUAAAUAAUACUCUUAUGGAAAGCUCAUCAAUCCAAACACACACAAUGGUAGUAGAAACGAUAACAAUACCUUUUCUUCUACUUAUCAUCUCCUCCCUUAUCCCACCAAUCCUCACCGUUGAUCCCCCACUCCCAUCGACCGACGGCUCCGAUUUCAUCCGUACGAUCUGCAACACCACACUAUACUCCGAUCUAUGCUUCUCCUCUCUCUCCACUUUCGCCAACUCCAUCCACAAUGACUGGAACCGCCUCGCACGCGUAGCCAUCUAUCUCACUCUUUCCAACACUCUUCACCUUGUCUCCUACUUCCAAAACGCUUACAGCAACUGCGUUGACCACGGUUGUGGUGGUGGACCCCACAACUCAACGACUUCUGCCCUAAAGGACUGCUUAGAGAAUCUUAAGGAUGCGGUCGAUGAUAUGAGAGGGUCGAUGAAACAGAUGAAGGAGCUUGUUUCCACGGGCUCGGUCCAGACGUUUAAGUUCCAGAUGAGUAAUGUCAAGACUUGGCUCAGCGCAGCUCUCACUAACGAGUACACUUGUACGAACGGGUUCGAGGACUUCCACGAUGAUGGCUCCAUCAAAGAUGACGUAUGUACACGAGUGGAAGACAUCAAGAAGCUGACUAGCAAUGCGCUUGCUUUAGUCAAUCGCUACGCCGACAAGACUAUACCUUAAUCAUUCAUCGAUCAAGUUUUCUUUUUUUCUUGAAAAAUGAAUUUAUAUACAUCAAAUUUAAAUCUAAUAUAUGUGAGU